AUGUAUUUUGAUGGAGCAACAAAUCAAAACGGAAGUGGAAUUGGAGUUCUCUUAAUUUCUCCAAAAGGAGCACACAUCCCAUUUUUUGGUAGACUCAACUUCCCUGCCACCAACAAUGUCACAGAAUAUGAAGCUUGCAUCAUGGGCCUACAAGCAACCUUAGGCCUAGGAGUGAAAGAGUUGGAGGUGUAUGGAGACUCAGCUCUAAUAAUCUCUCAGAAGUGGUCAUCAAAAUUCAGUGAGAUCCAAUAUCAAUAUAUGUCGAGGAUGCUGAAUCAAAUUGCAAAUGCUUUAGCAACCAUGAAACCCAUGAUGGAUGGGUCAAAAGAAGAUGAAGCUAGAUCAAUAGUGUUGGAACAAAAAGAAGAACCAGCUUAUUGCAUAUCAAUAGAAGAAGAUGAAGGAAAGGAUGGGGAAGGAAAAUGGUAUUCAGACAUUCUACAAUACCUCAAAGAUGGAACAUACCUAGAGUCUGUAGACAAGAAUGAUCAGUUAACCAUCCGAAGGUUUUCCACUAAUUAUAUUAUUUGUGGUGAAAGGCUUUACCGAAAAUCAUAUGAUGAAAUUCAUCUCCUCUAUGUAACUACCAAGGAAGCACAACAGAUAAUUGAAGAGGUUCAUGAGUCAAGUUAUGGGCCACAUAUGAACGCAAUUAUGUUAUCAAGGAAGAUAAUGAGACAGGGUUACUACUAG